GUGAACUUUAACUUAUAAAAUUAAUGACCAUUUCCAAAUGCAAUUUGUAAAUAAAGCAUCAUGUUCAAGAAGUUUGACUCCAGUAAUGACGUGUCUGGCUUCAACCAGGCCAAAUCUAGUGUGGUCAGAGGCAUACGAACAAAACUAUUGGACUGCUAUCCAGGAAUUCAAGAUUUUAUCAGUGACAUUCUACCCAAAAAAGAAGCAGUGCAGAUCCUAAAAUGUCAUGAGCAUGUAGAGAUUCUAGUGAUAAAGAACGAGCUGCUGUUCUUCAAGCAAAGAGACGGCCCGUACAUUCCCACGCUCCGUCUCCUACACAAGUACCCAAUGAUUCUGCCCCAUGUGCAAGUGGACAAGGGAGCUAUCAAGUUUGUGUUGAGUGGAGCCAACAUCAUGUGCCCAGGUCUGACCUCCCCUGGGGCGAGAAUGGACACUGCCCUACCUGACAACAGCAUCGUCGCAGUGAUGGCUGAAGGGAAGGAGCAUGCCCUUAGUGUGGGACUGACAAAGAUGUCUACUGAGGACAUAUCUCGAGUGAACAAGGGAGUGGGCGUGGACAAUGUACACUAUAUUGGAGACGGACUCUGGGUCAUGAAAGACGCUUCUAGAUAGUAUUUUCAUUUGCAUAUAAUAGCUAUGUUGUACACCAUUAUGACUUGUGUUGAAAAUCACUAUUAAUUUUGCUAAUUGAAGUCAAUUAAAGAAAGCGAA